UGUAAGCAGUACCGGAGGGGGGAGGUGGAGGCGGAGGAUUAGGUGGCGACGCAGUGACGUUGCUCUCCGUUCAAAUCCCCGCAAUCAGCUGCGAUAUGAGGUGUACAUCCUCGCUCUAGCGGAGGUAGGGUGGGAGAAAGGGGGGAAAAUCCGAGGAACGGUCUGCCUACACAGAAGCAUCAUGGCACCGAUCGGGCUGAAGGCGGUGGUCGGAGAAAAGAUUAUGAAUGAUGUCAUCAAGAAGGUGAAGAAGAAGGGAGAAUGGAAGGUGCUGGUUGUGGACCAGCUCAGCAUGAGAAUGCUGUCCUCUUGCUGCAAGAUGACCGAUAUCAUGACAGAGGGCAUCACUAUUGUUGAAGACAUUAACAAGCGGCGUGAGCCUCUGCCCAGCCUGGAGGCCAUUUACCUCAUCACUCCUACCUAUGAUUCUGUGCAGGGACUCAUCUCAGACUUCAGAGAUCCACAAGCCCCCAAGUACCGAGGAGCCCACGUCUUCUUCACUGACUCAUGUCCGGAUCCCCUAUUCAAUGAUCUGGUGAAGUCCCGCACCUCCAAAACCAUCAAGACUCUCACUGAGAUCAACAUCGCCUUCCUGCCCUAUGAAUCACAGGUGUUUUCUCUGGACAGUGCAGAUACCUUCCAAAGCUUCUACAGCCCCCUCAAGGCGCAGAUGAAGAAUCCGGCGAUGGAGCGGCUGGCAGAACAGAUCGCCACGCUCUGCGCCACACUAAAGGAGUACCCUGCCGUGCGAUACCGCGGGGAGUACAAAGACAACGCCACUCUGGCUCAGCUGCUUCAGGAUAAACUGGACGCGUACAAGGCUGAUGACCCCACCAUGGGGGAGGGCCCGGAUAAAGCUCGCUCCCAGCUGAUCAUCCUGGACCGGGCCUUCGACCCGGUCUCCCCGGUCCUGCACGAGCUCACGUUCCAGGCCAUGGGCUACGACCUGCUGCCCAUCGAGAACGACGUCUACAAAUACGAGACCAGUGGAAUGGGCGACACCCGUGAGAAGGAGGUGCUGCUGGACGAGGAUGACGACCUCUGGCUGACCCUGCGGCACAAGCACAUCGCGGAGGUGUCCCAGGCUGUGACUCGCUCCCUGAAGGAGUUCUCUGCUAGCAAAAGGAUGAACACUGGAGAGAAGACCACCAUGAGGGACCUGUCUCAGAUGCUGAAGAAGAUGCCUCAGUACCAGAAGGAGCUGAGCAAGUACUCCACUCACCUGCACCUGGCUGAGGACUGCAUGAAGCACUACCAGGGCACCGUGGACAAGCUGUGUCGCGUUGAGCAGGACCUGGCAAUGGGCACGGACGCCGAGGGGGAGAAGAUCAAGGACCCCAUGAGGGCCAUCGUUCCCAUCCUGCUGGACGCCAACGUCACCACCUACGACAAGAUCCGCAUCAUCCUGCUCUACAUCUUCCUGAAGAACGGCAUCACGGAGGAGAACCUGAAUAAGCUGAUCCAGCAUGCGCAGAUUCCUCCAGAAGAAAGCGAGAUCAUCACCAACAUGGCUCACCUGGGAGUGCCCAUCAUCUCUGACUCCACCCUGCGACGUGGUAAGAAGCAGGACCGUAAGGAGCGUAUCAGUGAGCAGACCUAUCAGCUGUCCCGAUGGACCCCUCUGAUUAAGGACAUCAUGGAGGAUGCUAUUGAGGACAAACUGGACACCAAGCACUACCCCUACAUCUCCACACGCCCCUCCUACUCCUCCUCUGGAACCACCGCGGUCAGUGCCCGCUACGGCCAUUGGCACAAGAACAAGACCCCCGGGGAGUACCGCACGGGCCCGCGCGUCAUAGUGUUCAUCAUCGGGGGCAUGUCCUUCAGCGAGAUGCGCUGUGCCUACGAGGUCACGCAGGCCAACGGCAAGUGGGAGGCUAUCAUCGGCUCCACCCACGCACUCACCCCCACCAAAUUUCUAAACGGCCUGCAGCACCCCGACUUCCAGGACCCCAAUAGGGAGUCCUUUGAGGAAGCCGAGCCUGAACCCGAGGACUGAGAGGGGGAGAGAGAGGGAGAGAGAACGCUGACGAAGUAAAGGCAGCCAUUCAAAAGAAGCCCUUUCUGAUAUCUCCCCCUCCCGUAACAUACAUCCAACAUAAGGGCUUUUCCUUCCCACCAUGUCCUCUGUGACACUCUCCCGUUACUAUGACCACUCAGGGAUGGGUGUCAGUCACC